UUUUGGGUUCCUAGUUCUGAGGAAAAUUUAAAAGUUUUUGCAGAUGUUUCCUUCUUUAUUACUUCCACAAGAAUAUCCUCUAACAGGCAGUGGCGGUAUUUUCUCGUUGGAAGUAAUCCUGCAGAAACCAAAUACCGUGUCUUGAAAAUAGAUCGCACUGAACCAAAGGAUUUGGUUAUAAUUGAUGAUAAGCAUGUGUAUACGCAACAAGAGGUGAGGGAACUUCUUGGCCGUUUAGACCUGGGCAAUAGAACAAAGAUUGGGCAGAAGGGCUCUUCUGGGUUAUCUCGAGCUGUCUCUGCUUUUGGUGUAGUAGGUUUUGUCAGGUUUUUAGAAGGCUACUACAUUGUGUUAAUAACAAAAAGAAGAAAAAUGGCAGAUAUUGGAGGUCAUGCAAUAUAUAAAAUAGAAGAUACAAAUAUGAUCUACAUUCCAAAUGACUCUGUAAGAGUCAGUCAUCCUGAUGAAGCCAGGUAUCUGAGAAUCUUUCAAAAUGUGGACCUUUCUAGCAACUUCUAUUUUAGUUACAGCUAUGAUCUGUCUCACUCCCUUCAGUAUAAUCUUACUGUCCUGAGAAUGCCACUUGAGACAUUAAAAACUGAAACAACCCAGACCCGACAAGAGAGUUUUGAUAUAUUUGAAGAUGAAGGACUUUCAAUGCAGGGUGGAAGUGGUGUAUUUGGGAUUUGCAGUAAGCCUUAUGAAAAGUAUGUGUGGAAUGGCAAGCUUCUGGAUGCAGUAAAAAAUACUGUUCAUCGUGACUGGCUGCUGUAUAUUAUUCAUGGAUUCUGUGGGCAAUCAAAACUGUUAAUAUAUGGUCGCCCUAUAUAUGUCACUCUGAUAGCCAGAAGAUCAAGCAAAUUUGCUGGAACACGUUUUCUGAAACGAGGAGCAAACUGUGAGGGAGAUGUUGCUAAUGAAGUAGAAACUGAACAAAUACUUUAUGAUGCUUCAGUUAUGUCAUUUUCCGCGGGGAGUUAUUCUUCCUACGUUCAGGUUCGAGGAUCUGUCCCUCUGUACUGGUCUCAAGAUAUUUCAACUAUGAUGCCUAAGCCACCCAUAACAUUGGACCAAGCUGAUCCUUUUGCACAUGUUGCUGCUCUUCACUUUGACCAAAUGCUUCAGAGAUUUGGCUCUCCUAUUAUUAUUUUGAAUCUUGUGAAGGAACGUGAAAAAAGAAAGCACGAAAGGAUUCUUAGCGAAGAACUUGUUGCUGCUGUGACAUAUCUCAACCAGUUUUUACCCCCAGAGCAUGCAAUUAUAUAUAUACCCUGGGAUAUGGCCAAAUACACAAAAAGCAAACUUUGCAAUGUCCUGGAUAGACUGAACGUCAUUGCAGAAAGUGUAGUAAAGAAGACUGGAUUUUUUGUAAAUCGCCCAGAUUCCUACUGCAGUAUCUUGCGGCCAGAUGAAAAGUGGAAUGAACUGGGAGGUUGUAUUGUUUCCACUGGUCGCUUGCAGACUGGAGUUCUCCGAACCAAUUGUGUGGACUGUUUAGAUCGUACCAACACAGCCCAAUUUAUGGUGGGAAAAUGUGCUUUGGCGUACCAACUCUAUUCAUUGGGACUGAUUGAUAAACCAAAUCUACAAUUUGAUACGGAUGCUGUUAGAUUAUUUGAAGAAUUAUAUGAAGAUCAUGGAGACACCCUUUCUCUGCAAUACGGAGGUUCUCAGCUUGUCCACAGAGUAAAAACCUAUAGAAAGAUAGCUCCAUGGACUCAGCAUUCCAAAGAUAUUAUGCAAACACUCUCAAGAUAUUAUAGUAAUGCUUUCUCAGAUGCAGACAGGCAAGAUUCUAUCAAUCUCUUUCUGGGAGUAUUCAAGCCUACAGAAGGAAAACCUCAUCUCUGGGAACUUCCCACUGAUUUUUAUUUGCAUCACAAGAAUACCCUCAGUCUCUCACAGACCAGGCGAAGUUAUACUUACUGGUGGACCACAGGUGUGCUGAAGCAUUUACCCCUUCCUUUUGAUGAAGUGACAUGUGCUGAAAACAGACGCAAGUUGACAGUGAAGAAAUUCCACAAGUAUGAAGAGGAAAUUGAUAUCCACAAUGAAUUUUUUCGGCCGUAUGAGUUGAGCAGUUUUGAUGAGACUUUCUGCUUGGCAAUGACCAAUUCUACACGAGAUUUUAUGCCUAAGAAUGUGGGGAUUGAUCCAAGUCCAUUUACUGUUCGUAAACCUGAUGAAACUGGAAAAUCAGUGUUGGGGAACAAAAGUAAUAGAGAAGAAACGGUGCUGCAGCGCAAAACAGCUGCUAGUGCUCCUCCACCCCCAAGUGAGGAAGCAGUGUCAAGUAGUUCUGAAGAUGAUUCUGGGACAGACAAAGAAGAUGAAGGUGCUGUUUCUCAACGUUCAACUCCAGUAAAGGUGACUGAUACAGGAGAGAAUACAAAAAUCACAGAGAACGUCGUGCAGUCAACAAAAGAUGUUUAUGGAGUCAAUCUUUCAGAUGUUCCUUCAGAAGAUGAUCUCACAAUAUACACUAGGUUUGUUCAGCUGGGACAGAGUCAGCAUAAACAAGACAAGAACAGCCAGCAAUUUUGCUCAAAACACCACUUGGAUAGGGUUAUAAAUUGAAUACCCAUCUCUUCCUUUUCUCAAGACAAUAUUUACGAAGUCCAGCCUCCAAGAGCUGAUAGGAAAUCAACAGAGAUUUUUCAUGCACAUAUUCAAGCUGGAAGAGGAAACAUGCAGCCCCUGGGAAAGGAUGACUUCCUCAUGUACAGAGAGUACAUUCGAAACAGAUACAUGUAAAAACAAGCUGGAUUCUCCUGCUAAGUCUACUGUACUGAUAGGUCAUAAAAAUAAUUUUUGAAAGGAAAUCUAGUUUUGUUAUCUUGCAGUAAUAAAUUUAUUAUCUAACGUUUCUAUUUAAUAUUCUUUACUAUUAUCCAUUUACAGUAUUGUGCUUUACAGGAAACAAAGUGAUUUAAUAUUUGCUCUUCAGCUCAAAGAGGAAGUAUAUCUUAAGAGACUAAGUUGAAUAAUCAGAGCACCUACAGUCACUGAAGAGUAUGUCACAAUUUAUGGCAAAGAAAAUAUGCAUCUUUAUGUUUUUAUAGUUAAUUUCUUACAUUGUUAUGUUUGCUAGUAAAGCUGACAUGAUUUGAACAUGUCUCAGAAUAGUUUUCUUCAUCUUUGUUUUAUGACAGCGAACAAUCUUUUUUACAGCAGAAUGUUUUCUGAUAUUUCUGGAGAUUUUUAGCAAACUGAGUGCUAAAAUGACUGCUCGUAACUUGCUGCUUUCUUAAACAAAAGUGAAAAAUAUGUGACAUAUCAAAAUUUACAUCAAGGCUAACAACUUAUAUCAAAAUUUACAUCAAGGCUAACAAACUUUGUCACCCUAAUUUGUGUCAAAACUAAUCUCACUGGUGCUAGUAGAUACAGAAAUCUGUGCCACAUGCAGGGUGAAAAUGGCUUGUGACUAAUUGUCAUGGGCUUCUAGUAGGAAUCUGAGGUGAAUCACUUACUGACUGUCUGCAAAUGAAGGAAUGCUCUACACUUUACUGGGUUUAGACUCUUAGAGGAUGCAAACCUAUCCUGUCAUUUUUCUGUAUGGCAUUAUCCUUUUUGCAGCAUACUCUUUCCAUCCUUGUAUUUGUGCUCCUGUGAGAUGCUUUCAGGUUCAAACCUACAGCCUCCCAGGGAAUCUCUAUUGGUAAGUGACAAACAGAACUGGAUCAGCUGGGAUGGGCAUGCAAGAGGAAGCAGUAGUUUGGUUAGGCAAGACUAAAUAUCAUGUCUAGUGCUAGGUGAGGAGUGGAGAUGCAGCAGGUAUCUGAAAUAUGUUGUUUAAUUUGGGUUUGUGUUUAAAACAUUUCUUAAAUUAAAAAAAACCACAACCCAACACUAUUAUUUGCAAUUACAAGCUACAAUUCACAACACAGCUUUCUAGCCCUUUGCCUUGAAGGAUACUGACAGUAUCAGCAGCAUCCUUGACAAACCAUGUUACUCCACAAGCUUAUACAGACCGUAUUUCAGAAUUUUCUGGAAUAACUGUUUUAGGGAUGUCAGCAUGUACUAGAUGUAGAGAACAUGUUUGAGUUCAUAGUAAAUUGCUUGCAGGCAGCUACUGCUGACUCUUGGCUGCAUGCUGCAAACAUAUUCUGAGUAUGUUUGAACAUGCGAUGCAGUAAGUUGCACUUUUGUCAGUACUUCAAUGUAAUAAAGGGUGCAGUGGGUAAAGAGAAGAGAUAGAAGUUUCUUGUGAUAGAAGUUUGUGUGUUUCGGGGAGUGACUUGUUUGCAGUCGGUGAGAUAACACAGUACCUCAAGCUACCAAACACUUUGGUGUCCAUUUUCUUUUGCUAAUUGAUUAAUAUUACUUUGAGAGAAACAGAUGUAUUUUAGCAGAUGCAAGAAUGAAAUACCAGUUUAGAUAAUACUUCAUUGCAACUGUUAACAUUUUUCUCCCCAAAACCCCCCUGUACUGAGUUCUUUUGUCCAAUGUGAAAAAUAACUUGAAGGAAUAAAUUCUUGCUUUAGAAAAAUGUACAGCUGGAAUGCUUAUCCUAAUGAGGCAAAUACAUGAUUUUCCUUCUGCACUUAAACUAUUGCAAAGAAUGUUUUCUACACUAUCACAAUCCUUUUACUUUUGUUGUUCAUAGAUACAGGUGAUUCAUAAAAGCUGCCCUUGAAAGUGUACCACUUAACCACAGAUAAGGCAAAAGAUGAUGCUUCCUUUUUCAACAUCUAAUGUUGCAAAAUAUAGGAAUUGUGGUGAUUUUACAGCUCUAAGAGAAAUUUAUGUUCAGCCUGCAGCAAUUCAAACACUCCUCAGGAUAAGGGGAUUAAAGAGGUUUGUUUUUACAGUUCUGAGAUGAAUGACAUUUCAGUCCAUCUCUGUAAUAUAAUGCCAGGCCUUCAGUGUCUCUAAGUGUGUGCCAUGACAGUCCUGUUGUGGUGUCCCCUUGAACUUUUUAGUAUGUAUAACUGCUGCUUGUUUUUUCUAACUGCUUAUAGGCAUUUAAGCCAUGUGCAUUACUUCAUAUGCUUGGGUAUUCAGGUGACAGCUUGUAUGAUCUACCAUCAGUGUACUCUUAGCAGUGGCUAAGAAUACUUCAGGCUACUAAAGUCAACUGUUUACUAGGUUUGU